ACUUCGUGGAUGGAUGGACACGCCCACGGGUCUCCUCUGCGUGGUGAAGAUGAGACGUCGUGACGACACAGUGACGUUUCUCCUCUCAUCCAGCCGGGCAACAGCGAAAACACACAAACACACACCGUGUGAUCAGAAGCACCUCAUCCACAACCAAGCGUCCGAGCCCGAUAACCCUCACCAUGAAUCCUCCAAGAGCCUGCGUGUCCGCUUUGAUUUAAAGAUUGCUAAACAGGUCUACACCAAGAGGCUUUUUUGAGGACGCUCUUAUUUAUUUUUUCUUCACGUGGGGUACGCGGCGGAGGAAUGGUCCCUGGUGUCCGUGCGUCGCUGCCAUGGUAGGAGAGCUCUGCAGGAUGCGGUCCUCCGGAGCCGUCCGGCCCGCACUCCUCUCCCGCCUCGCCUUGCUGGCAACGCUGAUCCUGGCCAGCGACUGUCUGACGAGAUCAUGUCCCAGGUCUCUGGACUGCGCAAGGGCCGGCCGUCACUUCUGUCCCCUGGGGGGCACGCAGUGUGGCCCCUGCCUUGGGCCCCUGGUGGAGGACCCCCACGGCCGCUGUAUGGUCCGGGGACGUAAGGCACACCACUAUGCUAAGAAGACGACAUACCCUGAGCUGGAUGAGGAGAUAGAUUUCUUGUCCACCAUCGUCACUGAACAGCGGGUAACCAAGUCAAGGAAGCCAGCGUCAUCCCCGGUGCAGGAAGCGGCGGUCGUCAAGGAGACGCUGCCCCUGGUGGUACCCAGCGCCACCUACAGGCCAGUUGCAACUGCAGCACAGGCAGCCAAUCAGAGCACUGCAGCCGCCCCCUCGGCCCUACUCCUGGCGUCCAAUCACACGGCAGGUCUCUCUGGGGCUCCUGUGAUCACCCCAUACGUGCCCAAUGACAACGUCUUCGUCGUUCUCAGCAGCACCUUCAUCGUGGCUGGGUCCCUGGCGCUGGUGGCCGCCGGAGUCUGCUGGGUCAGGUUAAAGAGGGGUGUAGGUCUGUCCCAGAAGGUGGAAUACCCCGCCUACGGACCGAUGAGAGGUCACGCCUACGACAGCUCUGUGCCGGGGGAUAAGAAGCUUGCCCACAGUGCCCAGAUGUACCACUACCAGCACCAGAGGCAACAGAUGCUGUCCCUGGAGAAACAUCGAGGCGAGCCAAAGAUACCCGACUACGCAGCAACGUCGGACGAGGAGCAGGAAGACGGGGACUUCACUGUCUACGAGUGUCCUGGUUUGGCUCCGACAGGGGAGAUGGAGGUGAAGAACCCGCUGUUUGACGAUUCCACCCUCUACCUGCAGAGGUUCCCCCAGUAGACUGGACACACACGCACACACACCAACACACGCAAGCACACACACGCACACACACACACACACACACACACACACACACACACACACACACACACACACACACACACACAGACACACACGCAUGCGCGGACACACACACACGCUCAAAUGUAAACUAAGUUACUUUACACACACACACACACACAAUCAGGUGCACGUGUAUCUUGGGGUGAUGUACAUGAUGCGGGAACUUGAAGAAGCAGGAGGAAGUGUGUGAUGAAAAGAGGAGAGCAGGGAAACAGGAAGUAGAAGAGUGAGAUGGUUUAAGCGUCCUGCAGAAGAGAGAUGAUUCGGUUUGCUUCUGACUUUCCAACUGUCCCUCCGGCUCUCAUAUCUCAUACGACCAACCCUGCCUAUCAGCGGUUCCUUACCUCUCUUCUCUGUGUCCACUGCUUCUGCCGUGUGCUAUUCUUUAUUUCAGCUUGCUCUUUAAUUGCUUCUAUGAUUCAUUCUGACAAACAUCACUGUCCUAGCCAUUUACCAGGCGCUUUUAUCAACAGCGGCUUGAAAUGAAUUCAGUUGCAGGUCAUUAUGGAGCAGGGAGAGCAUUUCUGGGCGUCAUAGCUCAGGGAUGCCUACAGGUUAUUCUGCGGACAUCAGGGUUUGACCUGGUACCUUUCGGCUGGGAGUGGACCGCCCUAGCCACUACACUAUCCUACAAAACAAUCCUUACCGUGUAAUCACACAGCUUUUAUUUAUUUUUGAGACUUUAUCACUUUAAGGUAGCAGACAUGUUUUUAUUAGCAUAAGUAUAAUCAGGGAGUCGCAACAAGACGCUGAACUCUGGGACAGAAUGGGCUUUCAUUUUGAGUUUUAUUCUCCGCUUUGAGCGUUGAUCCAAGACUGCUUGUGCUUUCGGCUGCAGACAAAUGUUCACAUUCACUGAGAUUAGAGACGUUUCUGGGUUAAAUCCUUCUAGUCGCAAUCCUUUUUUAAUUCUCCAAUGCGCCUUUGGUUCGUGUUUUGAACAUUGAAUGGAAAUGUUACACGGCAACACACCCAAGCAUCGUAACGUGUAACCGUACGUUGCAAUCGUAAGUUUUAAUCGUACGUUUUUUGACACCGUAUCGUCCUUUGCUCUUGUUCCUCUAUGCAUGAUUUUGAUGAAGCUGUGCUAUGGCAAAAAAAAUAAUAAAGUAAACAAUGAAUAAAUAUGCAUUUCCUGUACAGUUCUCGGCAAGUUUACUGUGUGAACAUGCUCACUAUAAAACUCAAUAUAACUUGAAUGAUUUCGGAGUCCCUUUGAAACAGUUGUACCUAGCGCUCUGACCCGGUGCUGACACGACCCUCGGCUCUCUCUCCCGGUGUGUGUUCCUCUGUAUACCGCUGCUAACGUGGAAGAGGCCGAUGUGUUGCUGGUCUAACUGCACCACACACCUUCCUCGUCUAGACGUUUAUUUACUUGAGAGCCCGAGCAACUACUGAACUGUUGUACUUUGUUUACCUUUUUGUCUUGUUCCCGUUGAAUACACGGGGUUCCCAUAGAAACUAGCGUCGGCUAGGCUUUAGUUUGGCGUCUUACUCCUACCCGUCUUACUGUAUGCAAUGUCCAUGCUGCACACCUAGAAGCCUAGGUGGCUGGCUUUUCUGGGAUCCUCCAUAACCGAGGAUGCAGGGUGGUGGUGUUGAGAGACCGGUUUACUGUAGGGUCUGCAGACAUUGAUACAUGACGAUGGUGCUCCAUGCAGGAGAUCGCCCCGACUGUGUGUGGGGAUGGCUGGUUUGACCUAUUGCCCAUUGAUGUCUCAAAGGGCAACCUGUGAGCACCCCCAGCCCCAGAGUCCAAUCAGUCUUGACUGGGUCCAGGUGAGGCUGCUGAAACCAGCCAUCAUCCACGCACACUUGAGUUCAAUUGAACUGUAAAUGUAGAAUGACAUCCAGAUGUUGUGGUUAGAUCAGUUUACCAGCUGGUAGAGUGCAUCGGAUAGGCUGGUAGGCUGAUCUAUCCCUCAUUCAUCUGGGUGGACACACCCACUAGUGAGGUGACGAAUGGAUUGCUUUUUAAAUGGCUUGUAAGACUGAUAAACAUCACAUCAUUUUUGAAGGCCCUUAAAUGCUACGCCAACCUUAACAAAUUUAAAUGUUGUUAUCUGGAGCAAAUUGAACUUGUGAAUAUCUGCUAUGGCUGGUGUAUGGGAACCCUGUGUUGUUUUAGAAAGUGGCCUAUUGUGGUUGACUCUCAGGAAAGCCAUUUCCUCCUCCUAGAAAGUGGUCACACUGUACCACAUUUUGUGAGUUUGCAGCCAUCUUAAUGUUAAAAAAACAUUUUGUUUGCACCAAUUACAGCCAAGCUCGUUCUAAAGUUUUAAAAAAUCCCUUGCUCAUCAUAAAUCAUAAAUCAUCAGCAAGAAUAAGUAAUGUAUUCAUUUUUUAUUAAUUUAUUUUAAUUUAUAUGGCAGUCAACUCACAGAGGGGAUAUCUGGUAGCUACUGUUAUACUCCCAUUUAAAACCGGACACUGUCUGUAUCACAUUAGUUCCUUCACACUGAAGUUUUAAAACUACAGCUCUACAGUACUACUGGUCCAAACUAUAGUUCCAUGGUUAAAACUGGUUAUACUGAUUAUAACUACAAUACUACUGCUAAUAACUACUACUGAUUAACACUACCCUUUCUCCUGGUUGGAACUACAGUUUUGUGAAGAACUACUACACUUCUGGUUGAAACCUACAGUAUUCAUGGAUGAAACUAGAUUUUACAGCCUAAUGUUGGAGAUUUUUUAACCGAUUUUUGUGGUACUGUUUCAAAAUGGUUGAGCCUACCGAGCAAACACAUAUGUUUUGGUAUCAAUGAUAUAAUCAAACUUUUAUGUUUUUAUUCAGUGUUUUCUCAAAACCUCUGCUCUUUCCUUUCCUUCCAGUUAGUCAUUUUACCCAAAAACUGGCUUACUUUUGGCUCUAUCUUUCUGUGUGUCUUGUUGAAGAAAGCUUUAUGUCGGCUAGACACCCUUGUUACAUACUUGUGUCAGUACAAGGGAUGUACCACUCUUUAGAUGGUUUGGCAUGCAUGUGGAUAUGCUGGCGCUGGGGAAAAAUAAAUAAAUAUUUAUAUUAUCUGAACUGAAA